AUGGGUACCUCAGGUAAAAACCAAGACACACUUGCUGCAGAUUAUUAUAAAGGAAGUACAACGGAAAGGCCAGCCGCCCCACCACCAAGUUACUACUCAACUACACAGCAACAUCAUAAUCAUAAUAGCAACAAUGUUAGAACUAAUUAUACUCAACAGCAACAAAACUCAUAUCCACCACAAGGACAAUCAUACCAACCGCAAGGAUACUAUCAGCACCAAGGACAUCAACAGGCACAGCAACCUAUAUAUGUUCAACAACAAGCUCCUACACAUAAUAAUGAAGAUUGCAUAACUGCUUGUUUAGCUGCCAUGUGUAUGGCUUUAUCUAUUGGUUUAUUAUUUUGA